AUAAUAACAAUUAUCUUUAUAUUUUAUACCCUGGAUACUAUGGGUUUAAAGGCAAAAAAAUAAUCGCAAAAACACUCCAAGACAUGCUGGUACACGAGAUCGAUGCUGCAAAUGAGCACAUCAAACCGAUGGAUACCCCGGAAUAUAUAGACUCUGUUUUUGUUCCAGAGGUUGGUAUGCGCCUAGUUAGGGAAGAUCUUGAGCCGGCCGAUGACAAUGACUCAGACAGUGAAGAUUAGGGCAACUAAUAGCAUCAUAUACUUUGAUGAAUAAGCAGCAGAACCAUACCUUAUCUUCUCCAACAUAUCCCUAUACACUUUCUCUUUUUUUCUCUUUCUUUAUAUUCUUUAAACGUCACUACAAGGCAACUUAAUAAAAGCUGGUCUAUGCAAAGAAUUAUAGAUUGUAAGGAAAAUCUAAAAUUGGUGUAGGGA